AUGUCUCAUACUCUCCAAGAGGCAAAUGGUGAAUGUCGUGAUUCGAAAUCUAGGGUUACCGUCGUCGGAAGUGGGAGUUGGGGAAGCGUAGCCGCUAAGCUCAUCGCCUCUAAUGUCCUCAAGCUUCCUUCUUUCCAUGGCAUCUUAUAUGAAGUGCGGAUGUGGGUGUUUGAGGAAGUCCUACCAAAUGGUGAGAAACUCACUGAUGUCAUCAACAAGACAAAUGAAAAUGCAAAGUACCUCCCUGGGAUUAAUCUAGGAAGAAAUGUUGUUGCAGAUCCCGACCUUGAAAAUGCAGUGAAGGAAGCAAACAUGUUGGUUUUUGUUACACCGCAUCAGUUCAUGGAUAGUAUAUGCAAGAAACUCAAGGGAAAGAUAACAGGAGAGGUUGAGGCUAUAUCUCUUGUUAAAGGGAUGGAAGUGAAGAAGGAAGGUCCCUGUAUGAUCUCAAGUCUCAUCUCCAAAGAACUUGGUAUCAACUGUGUGUUCUUAUGGGCGCAAACAUCGCUAACGAGGUUAUUACACCGAUUUUCUUGUAACCUUUUUCCUUUACAUGUCCAGUGCAUUCACAUUUGCUGUGACUAA